CGCGUGAUCCCCGCGCUUGUUGAGCAAAUGAGGCUGAGAUGAACGGGAGCUUCCAAGGUAUCAGCCGCCCCUCCUCCUCUCUCCCGCCUCUGUCUCUGUUAAAACAGGAUGCUGCUGCUGCUUCAUUUGCAGUGCCAACAGCCGAGGUCUGCUUCCUGAGUUUCCCUCCAGCCUGAGAGAGAGAGUUACAGGAACAGAAAGGAAGUGUGUGUGUUUGUGCGAAGGCAGGGGACGGUGCGUAACGUACGUUUGUUAGAGAGAGCAAAAAAGAGAGAGAGAGAGAGAGAGAGAGCGAGAGAGAGACUAUGGAAUGCUGUGAUGUCACCAGCUAAGUCAUACACAAAGGCAAGAAGGACACACAAGCACUCACUCUCCCUCUUAGUAAAGUCUGCCGUGGAGCGUCCGCACCCAGCUCGUGUCCAGUUUAUGGCUGCUAAUUAGUGAUGAGAGCUUGUGUGUGGUGAACGGACCGAGCUGGGCUUCGUCGUCUUUACCACCAUCAUCCUCGUUCUGAAGGACUGUUGCUGAGUCUCGGGAUAUAAUCAGGUGAACCACACACACGGCCAUGCUGCAGCAGAUCUUGAACGACAUGUACAUCGACCCGGAUGUGCUGGACGCUCUGAACGACGAGCAGAAGAAGACGCUCUUCCUCAAGAUGCGCGAGGAGCAGGUGCGACGCUGGAAGGAGCGAGAGGAGAAGCUGGAGAGGGAGCCGCUCAAACCCAAGCCAAAGACAGCUAAUAGCAAGAGUGUCAGCUGGCUGCUGGGACGAGAUGGAGACGUGCAGGUCAUUGUCAUUGGAGAGAUGGAUGAGCUCAAAUCCUCCAAGAUCAUCUAUUCAGGGUUUGGAGAGAGAAAAACGGCCAGCGUCCUUAACAAUUCACACAACCAGCCCAGCACUUUGAAGAGCAACUUGGUAAACCGAACAUCAGCGGAACCUGUACGAUCAGGGCGAGAAAACCUUCCUCCUAAAGCACAUUCGGGAGUUCAGCUCAACUUUAAGGUGACCUUCCUGUUGCCGCCAUUAAUCUCGGACACAGCCGAGGGGCAGCGAGACGGACUUUCUCCACAGGGAGAGUCAUCGUUCAACAGCCAAAUAAAUCACAACCUCCAUCUCUCCCUCUUUUCGCGCCUUCCUUUCCCCUUUCCUCCUUUUUUCAUUCCCUUCUCCUCCAUUAUUCCUUUUCAUCCUUUCAAAAAAAAAAAAAAAAAAAAAAAACCUCCCACACCCACCCACCUCUCCAUCUCUCAGGCACAACAACUCUUUCAUUGCGCAGCUCUUUAUGGCUCCAUCUCUCUUCUCAUCUAUCAAUAUGUUCGUCGUCUGUUUGGGGCCGGUUGGCGUCCGUGCGAUUUUUGAACCGAUAAACUGUCCUUAACGGGAAUGAUGAGACAACUUUCCAACCAUGUAAAAAAGAAAUUUGAAGCAAUGUGAGGCGAUGAAAACGUAUUUGACUUGAAAUCUACUGCCCUGUUAUGAAAAGCGGGAUUUACAUUUUUUUUUUAUUCUGUCAUUUAUUACUCCCUCCUUGUGUCGUUCGAGAUCUUCAAAACACAAAUUAAGAUGUUUUUGAUCAAAUAUGAGAGUUAUCCAUAGACGGCAACGAAAGUGCAGUGAUCUACAGAAACACAGCAAGGAUAUCAGUAGAAUAGUCGGUAGAAUCAGUAGUCGAAUACUUUUUGCGGGCAAAGAAAACAAUAGUAGCAUAAUUUAUUCAACAAUUCUUCUCCCCGAGGAACCAUCUUCUGCCGUUUUGGUGGAUACCCCAGAACAUAAUCAGCGUAAUCAGCGUUGUUUAGGUUUAGCAUGUGUAUGCUUUCCAUUGAACGCAACUUAUGUUGAUUACAUUCUGGGCUACUCUCCAAAAUGGCAGGUGACGGUAACUCUGGGGAAAAUAAUAAAUUCAUAAAUUUAUAUUAUUGUUUUCUUUGAACACUAUCCUCGUAGCUUUUGGAAAAUUUCAGCCGAACCACUGAUGUCAUAUGCACUAUUUUACCAAUAUCCUUGCUUUGUUUCCAGAGAAUAUUGCAGUUGCAUUUCUGUCUAUGGAUGGUGAGAGAGCUCUUAGAUUUAUUUAUUUAUUUAUUUAUUUUUUUUCAAAAAUAUCUUAAUUUGUCUCCCGACGAUGAAUAAAGGUCUUACAGGUUUGGAAUGACAUGUAGGUGAGUAAGUAAUGACUCGAUUGUCAUUUUUUUUUGGGUGAACCAACCCUUCAUUGUGUGCGAGUUCUACUGUUUCUGGUUUAGGAUCUCGUAAACAAAGUGUUUUUUUGUUUGUUUUUUUUUAAACGGUCUGUCCAAGGUUUUUACUCUGUAUGUGGAGAUCUCACCACCUUCUUUUUCCUGUUAUACUAAGGUGGGUGGGGGGUUCGCACUAGGGUUUCCAUGGCAACACCGUGCUCAGCGAACGCACUCUUGGGAGGAGAUGUGCUGGCCAGUAUCACCACACUAUGAUCCUCCACUUGCUAAACGCAAACAUCUGGCCCUGAACAUCGGCACAUGUGGCGCAUGGUUGCCAGUUAAUGAAGAGCCACGCAAGAGUCACAAAAAACAUCUGAACGCCUUCAGAUUUUUAACUGAUCAUAAAGUAGAUGGGCUGACAGGAUUGUUUCAUCAGCUUUUGUUAUGAUAAAAUGAUAUAUAGAGGUGUGGAAGAGUUUUGCUCUGUCUGAAGUCUUUUUGUUUUCACAGGACAACAGUGACAAAGAGUUAAGGACUCUGGCGCCUCCA